CCGUGCUUUUGGACUUUUCUUUCCUCUCUAUUUCUCACUUUUUCCCCUUUUUUACCCGAGAGGGAGAGACAGAGAGAGCACGGGGGAGAGUUUGUGAAAGCGGUUUUGGGUUUUAGCUCCUGGUUUUUGCAGUCUCUUCCUCUUCUUUCUUCUUCUUCUUCUGACAAUCGCCUGAGUCUCUCCGAAAUGCCGCAUAGCUGACAGCCAACCACAAGUUCUCCUGCACUUCUGCAAAAGUUAGCAGUUCGGUCCUCGUUUUGAGCCAUCGUCCUAGUGUCUGUCAAGUUUUGGCUCGAUUAUGGCUAAUGACUCUUUAAUAAGCACUAACGGCCAUGGUAAUGGCAACAAUGGCAGUGGACAGCCUAAUCCACAGAGGACUUACCAAGUCGUCGUGGCUGCAACUCGAGAAAUGGGUAUUGGUAAGGAUGGAAAACUGCCAUGGAAUUUACCCACCGAUCUCAAAUUUUUUAAGGACAUUACCACGAAUACGUCUGAUCCUGGGAAAAAGAAUGCAAUUUUAAUGGGUAGGAAAACAUGGGAGAGUAUUCCCGUUGAAAAGCGUCCUCUUCCCGGUCGCCUUAAUGUGGUUCUGACUCGCUCUGGAAGCUUUGAUAUUGCAACGGCAGAAAAUGUUUUAAUAUGUGGAAGCUUGGUUUCGGCUUUGGAAUUGUUAGCUGCUCCCCCGUAUUGUCUGUCAAUUGAAAAGGUGUUUGUCAUAGGAGGCGGCCAGAUAUUGAGGGAAGCUCUCAAUGCGCCUAGCUGUGAUGCUAUCCAUAUAACAGAAAUUGAGGCAAGCAUUGAAUGUGAUACAUUUUUGCCUACGGUUGAUUCCUCCGUAUUUCAACCAUGGCACUCCUCCUUUCCCGUGGUGGAGAAUAACAUUCGAUACUCCUUCACAACACUUGUUCGCGUGAGGAGUUCUGCAGUUGAAUCCCUUCGUCAAAAUGGUGAUCUGGUCUUUGAUGGUAAUUCUGAUUCCACGAAGUUUGAGGUAAAGAAUUUCUCGUUCUUGCCCAAGAUGAUCUUUGAGAGACAUGAGGAGUAUAUGUAUCUUAGACUGGUUCAAGAAAUAAUUUCCGAUGGCACUCUUAAAGAUGAUAGGACAGGGACUGGUACUCUGUCAAAGUUUGGUUGCCAGAUGCGGUUCAAUCUGCGCAGAUCUUUUCCGCUUCUUACCACCAAGAAAGUAUUUUGGAGAGGUGUUGUUGAAGAACUUCUAUGGUUUAUCAGUGGGUCGACAAGUGCCAAGGUCCUUCAGGAAAAAGGCAUUCAUAUAUGGGAUGGCAAUGCUUCCAGAGACUACCUUGAUGGCAUCGGUUUGACAGACAGGGAGGAAGGUGAUUUGGGACCUGUCUAUGGAUUCCAGUGGAGACACUUUGGUGCUCGGUAUACUGACAUGCAUGAUGACUACUCUGGCCAAGGGUUUGAUCAAUUGUUGGAUGUUAUUCACAAGAUAAAAAAUAAUCCUGAUGACCGACGGAUAAUACUCUCAGCAUGGAAUCCUUCUGAUCUCAAAUUGAUGGCACUUCCACCUUGCCAUAUGUUUGCCCAGUUUUACGUGGCCAAUGGUGAAUUGUCAUGCCAAAUGUAUCAGCGCUCUGCUGACAUGGGCCUUGGUGUGCCUUUCAACAUUGCAUCUUAUGCUCUUCUGACAUGCAUGAUUGCUCAUGUUUGUGAUCUCAUCCCAGGUGAUUUUAUCCAUGUUUUUGGGGAUGCUCAUGUUUACCGCACUCAUGUCCGACCUCUGCAGGAGCAGCUUCAGAAUCCCCCUAGGCCUUUUCCAAUUUUGAGAAUCAAUCCAGAGAAAAAGAAAAUAGAUUCUUUUGUGGCUGGUGAUUUCAAACUCAUAGGUUAUGAUCCUCACCAGAAGAUAGAGAUGAAAAUGGCGGUAUAGCCAUAUUGCAGAGGUUCUCAACUAGAUGGCCUCUUCGACCAGGCAGUACGUCCCCUAGUUUUUGAGGCAACAACUGUUGGAGGUUUAUGUUACUUUGUCAGGAAAAGAAAAUGUUGGAGAUUUAUGUUGAUACUGAAUUCUAUACGAGUUUUGAUUUUAUUUUAAAUAUACUUAAAAUCUUUGGAGAUGCUGUAAGAGAAAAUCCUUUAGUUCCACAGAGUUUGGUGGUUCUAAGGUGAUUUAGAUUAUGUAGUAGCUUCUGGGUUUUUAAGUUUAUUUUCCUCUUCA